AUGUUUUACGACCUGAACCUGCCCUAUUCAAAUACAGCCAACCCCUCAGAACUCUCUCGCAACCUCUCCUUCUCCGCCGAACUUGGCUACAACUGCAUCGCCCUCAGUCGCACUCUCUCCGGCAAAGUCCCAACCGAUGUAGCCGCUGAUGUAAUCUCCCUACCCAUUGCCAAUGUCAAAGUCCCAGCUCCAGUGACUCUCCUAACGCGUAUCACGUUCACUAUCUCCGACCCUAGCCAGAAUCACCGCCUCUCCUCCCUUCAAUCUGCCUACAAUAUCGUCGCGUUACGUCCAACCAACGAAAAAGCCCUAUCCCUAUGCUGCCAGUCUCUCGAAUGCGACCUCAUCUCCCUCGACUUGAGCAUCCGCCUGCCCUUCAUCCUGAAAUUCAAGACCAUGGCUGCAGCACUGCAACGUGGAAUCCGGUUUGAGAUAUGCUAUGCUGGCGGUGUGAUAGGGGCUGGGACAGAGGCACGGAGGAACUUGAUCAGCGGAGCAACGGCAUUGAUAAGGGCAACCAGAGGACGCGGCAUAAUCAUAAGCAGUGAAGCGAAAAGUGCAUUGGGUCUUCGAGGACCAUGGGAUGUGGUGAAUUUGGCGGCUGUGUGGGGCCUGAGUCAAGAAAGGGGUAAAGAAGCGGUCUGCGAAGAGGCGCGGAAGGUUGUUCAGCUGGCCAGGUUGAAAAGGGAGAGCUUUCGUGGAGUCGUGGAUGUGAUUUUUGGGGGAGACAGCCCAAAGCAGGACCAGGCUCAAAAGGAGAAAAGCGCCGUGACGAACGGACUCAAGAGGAAAGCUGUUGAUGGUGAGCUUGACGUAUCAGCUGGCAUGAAGGAUGGGGAAAAGCCACUGUCAAAAACCCAGAUGAAGAAGCGUGCAAGAAGGGCGAAACAGGAAGCAUCAACGACCAAAUCAUCCGAGCCCAUCAACGCCAAGAUACCUCACGAGACGUAG